CUGCAGCGUCAUUUCAUUCUUUAGUGGCAAGUGCGCAUGUGCGAAAUUUAGAGAGGGACGCUUGAGAAACUGCAGACGAUAUCAAUGCUUAUAAUUAACAGCCUUCAAUAAAGGUUAGUAUUGAAGUUCAUGGCAAACGGAUCCAAACAGGCACACGGACAGAAAGAACCAUGUCAACUCAGCCUCUCAUCAGAUCAAAGCAGACAGAGAAAUCAAUCAAUGGAAUAUCCACACAGGUUGUUUGCACAGAAUUCAGUAACUACAUAUUUAUAGUUCUCACACAGUAUGGAAAGAUUGGCACUUUAGUAUCAGUCACACCUGACUCCAGAUCAGGUGAUAUCAGCACUUCCAUGUUCACCACUAAAGUAUUGCUGGGAAAAGAAGAGGCUUUGACACACGUCUGUGCCAAAAACUUGGCAACAUUUGUGUCACAAGAGGCAGGCAACAGGCCUGUUCUACUGGGGUUGGCACUGAAGGACAGUUCCAUAGAAGCAAUAAAGGCCAUGAAAGAUGUAAUCAAAAGUUGUCAAGUCUGGUAACUACUGGUACAGGGAACGAGAAACAGAAUAGCCUACCUGGAAAGACAAUUUCAGAAAAGGCUUCAUACACUGAACACAUUUUUUCCUCAAUGUUUUUGCAUCCUUUAAAAACAUUUUUUUUUUUAUCUGUUGUUACGUCUAUGCUUGAUGUGGAAAUAAAUGCCAUAUAAAUGGGAAGUUUAUGCAUUAUAAA